UGCCUCCAGAGCUGUCCAUGAGCAGGGAGCUUAAGGACCCUAGGGAAGGUGGGAUGGGUGCCCCGGCUGUGGGAGAAGGUCUUCACCAUGCCUGCCCUGCUCAUCAGCCGCAUCCAGGUGAGACUGGGAGAGCACAACAUCGAAGUCCUGGAGGGGUCUGAGCAGUUCAUCAGUGCAGCCAAGAUCAUCCCGCACCCCAACUACAACGAGGUUAAGAAAUAUAACAAUGACAUCAUGCUGAUCAAGCUUUCCACACCUGCUGUCAUCAAUGCCCGUGUGUCUACCAUCUCUCUGCCCACCUCCCCUCUAGCACCUGGCACUGUGUGCCUCAUUUCUGGCUGGGGCAACACUCUGAGCUCUGGCGGUGAGUGGGACCCUUUGUCUUUCUCCUUCCCUCCAUCCUCCCUAUUUCCAGAAUGAAGCAUAUCCCUUAAUUUGAAUCCUCUCGCCCCCAGGCUUAAGAUACAUUUCCAAUGCCCAUUAUACACAGGCUCUGCACUGAACAUGAGAGAGAUGCAAAGUCUAAGGACUUGGCUCCUAAUACAAAAGACAGGACAAAUGGAGAGCUUGCCGUGAUCACAUCUUGGGAGGGGUUCAACAAUGAUCAUUCUGGGAACUAAAAGCCAGAGUCCCUUGCCAGGACUUACGUUUUAGAGUCCUCUCCAGGAGCAGUGUUCCUAUUCACUGUUCCAUCCUAGAUUAUUGUCUCCUUCUCCGGCCUGACCCACAUUUCGACUUUUUUUGAUCUGUUCCUGAUCCUCACAGCCGACUACCCAGAUGAGCUACAGUGCCUGGAUGCUCCUGUGCUGACUCAGGCUGAGUGUGAAGCCUCCUACCCUGGAAGGAUUACCAGCAACAUGUUCUGUGUGGGCUUCCUUGAGGGAGGCAAGGAUUCCUGCCAGGUGAUUUGAACAACCCUUCCCAUGCUGAAGCUCCCACUGAUACUCAGCCCCAUCUCGAUAAAAGAUUUCAACUGCCAAGGUGGCGAGGCGGAGGAGGCUCCCUGCAGUGUCCCCAUGGAGAAGUGAGGAAGGCUCCCUUGGGCUACAUGCUGUCUGCUUAGGAAGAACAGAGAAUGGGCCACCGUGAGAAGGAUG